AUGACGUCAUAUAGUCAGCAACCUUUAUCUUCAUGGUUUGAUGCGAUAAAAAUUAUGAGAAAUAUCUUUAUUCCUGUGAUAGUUUGUGUUGGACUAUUUGGAAAUACACUCUCACUGAUGGUUUUCUCGACAGAAAGUAUGAGAAAAUCUUCCAGCUCAGUAUUUUUAGCCUCGCUUGCAUUUGUUGACAACACAUUUUUGAUUUGUUUGUUAAUCACAUGGAUUGACGGAGAAGUUCAUUCGAUUUUAGUUUGUGAUUUAGCUUGCCAGUUACUCAUAUACACAACAUAUGUAACCAGUUGUUUAAGCGUUUGGUUUAUAGUCUGUUUCACCUUUGAACGUUUCAUCGCAAUCUGCUUCCCAUUGAAGAGCACCUACAUUUGUAGCGUGUGUCGAGAAAGAGGAACUGUUUUCAUUUUGACAAUAAUCGCUUGUGUGAUGUAUAAUUUCAGCUUUUGGACUACAGGGAUGGAGCAGUGGGGUCCUUUGCUACGAUGCUCCCAUGAUCCAAAAUAUAUACAGUUUCUAAAUAUAGUAACAUGGAUUGAUACCUCCCUUACUAUGGUAAUUCCAUUUUUCCUGAUCGUGUGUAUGAAUACAAUGGUAUUACGAAGUGUUAUGAAGUGCAAACCAAAAAACAAAAACAUUGUUACAUCUAUUCGAAAACGACCAAAAAUACGAGUUAACACAAGAGUACAACGGAGAAAUCCGCAGAUUAGGGUAACAAGGACAUUGUUGUUCGUAUCUACUACCUUUCUGGUUUUAAAUCUUCCAUCUCACACCAUGAGACUAUACAAUCUGAUAUAUCUGAUAACAUCAGACACCAGCACCAUUACCGUACAAUUCUCUUUCCUACAAGAAUUGACACUUAUGUUCUAUUACAUAACAUUUAGUUGCAACUUCUUCCUGUACACAUGUUUCGGACGGAACUUUAGACAUGCGUUAUAUCAUAUGAUAUACUGUCAGUCGGUAAAAGAAACCCAUCGGAGAAAAGUGCUGCUGAGAUUAAGUUCAUCGCAAGGUCGGACGACAUCGCAUAUUGAAUGA